CAGCGCGAGGGGAAAAAUAGUCACAGCGAAGGGGAUUCCCGAGCCAAAGACCUUGGUGUUAGUGGAAGGUUUUUGUCUUGUCGCCAGUGUUGAAGAUGGGUCUGGAGUGGGCGGUUUUCGUUCUCCUGGUCGUUGCAGGCAGCGGCCGGGCUCAGUCCGUGGCCUCCGAGUGCCCGACGCCCAACGGCUUCUUCGCCGACGCCGAGCAAUGCGACAAGUACUACCACUGCCUCGAUAAUGUCCUGACGGAGAAGGUCUGCCCCGACGGGAUGGCUUUCAACGACCUCAACCCGAAGGUGGAGAAGUGCGACUUCCUCUUCCAGGUCAACUGCGAGGGGAGGCCCAAGCUGCAGAACGCGAAGCCCUCCGAGAACUGCCCUCGCCAGAACGGCUACUUCCCCCACCCGGAGUCGACCAACUGCCACCAGUUCUACUAUUGCACGGGCGGCCAGAGCAGCCAGCUGACCUGCCCCGAGGGCCUCUCCUUCUCCGUCAAGAGCGGCACCUGCGUGUGGCCCGACCAGGCGGGGCGGUCCAACUGCGUCUCGGAGAAGCUGCUCAACUUCACGUGCCCGGCGCUGCCCCCGUCGUCCACGGAGGUCCACCCUCGCUUCGCCGACCCCGACGACUGCCAGUACUUCUACGUGUGCAUCAACGGCAAGGAGCCACGGAGGAACGGCUGCGCUUUCGGCCAGGUCUUCAACAACCUGACGAAGACGUGCGAUGCUCCCAAAGACGUGCCUGAGUGCAAGGACUACUACACCGAAUACUUCGACAACUACUUCUCGACGCUGAACGCUGAGCAGGGCGGCCGGGUGAGCACUGACGUCAUCGCCGCCGCCAUCGCCUCGGGCUACCCCGUGCCCAGACACCGCAACCGAGUCCACGUCCAGCCGGGCCAGGCCACUCAGGGGGAUGCGCCCUUGAGGCUGGCCGUCGAGGAAGAGGAGGGACCGGAGGCGCCGCGAAGGCCCGCCACGCCCGUUAGGAGGAGGAGGCCCGGCGGAGGCGUGCGUCGCAGAGGAAGGCCAAGGACCACCACAACAACGACCACCACGACGCCCGAGCCCGACUACUACUACUACUACGACGACGACUAUUACAACGACGAGAACUACCCUGAGGAGGCCGCCCCUGACACCGCGCCCGCGAAUCCGCCCUCGGUCACCAGGAACACCCUCCCGAUUCUCUCCAGGAACUGAGUGGGUGCGGGCUGCAGGCGGGCUAGGCCACACCCAGUCUCGUGAAGGGACGUUGUUUGGAAGAUUGCUUCUUAUUAUUUUCACGUUCUCUGUUUUUUUUUCUUCUUUAUUUGGAUAUCUCUCCCUCUCUCUUUCU